AUGUUUCAGUUCGCGGUGCUGAAGCUGACGCGUACGCCCAGGUGCGCUGGGCACACGGCACCGCGUUCGUUGCAGGCUGCUUCUGGGGCAAAGUUUAGGCUGCGCUCGGAGCGACUCAGGUAUCAUGUCGCUUCUCUUGCGCUCCGUGCGGCGCUGGAUACAGACUAUGAGGGCUGCUUGUCCGAAAGCAGCGUCGUCGAAACCUGCAACGAAGCCCCGUUGCUCCUGCGGGUCUUGCGCUGCGACCCCAGCGUGCCGCGGCCACCGGUAUGGUUCAUGCGUCAGGCCGGCCGCUACAUGAGCGCGUUUCGGAUGUACUCUGGGCGUUAUGCGUUCCGCGAGCGUGCCGAAACACCUGAAAUCGCUGUCGAGCUUUCGCUGCAGCCGUGGAGAGCGUUCGGAGUGGACGCCGUCAUCAUGUUCGCAGAUAUUUUGACCCCCUUGCCGCCCAUGGGCCUUGACUACCAAAUCGUAUCCGGACAGGGUCCAUCGAUUAAAACUCCUGUUCGAUGCAUGGAGGAUGUUGAGCUUGUGCGUCCGCUCACCCCCGAGGAUACAGAGACAGCACUUAGCUUCGUGGGAACGACACUCUCGACGCUUGCGCAUACGCUUGCAGACGCUCGUCCGAGACCGGCGCUGCUUGGAUUUCUGGGUGCACCCUUCACGCUCGCUGCAUACGGGAUCGAGGGCGAAGGCGGACGGGCCUCAUCAGGCAAGCAGGUGAAGCGCAUGAUGUACACAGCAGAAGGCCGAGAACUCAUGCAUCGAUUACUGCAGAAAAUCACACAGAGCAUGAUCGUUUUUGCAGCUUACCAGGCUCGAAAAGGAGCUGAGGCGAUUCAGAUUUUCGACUCUUGGGCCCACUUGCUUAGCCCCGAGGAUUACCAGGAGUUUUCGCUCUUCUACGUGGAAGAAUUGGUACGCGGAAUCCGUGCGCAUGGCGUCGAAACUCCAUUGAUCUUCUUUGCAAAUGGGUCGUGUGGUAAGUUGGGGGUCAUCUCUGCGAUGUAUCCAGCGGAUACGAGGGAAGCCAACGGAUACCGGGGUCUCGAUGCGCUCGCCCUGGACUGGCGAACGAGCAUCGCAGAGGCGCGUCAGCUGUUUGGCAAGCGAGCGGUGCUCCAGGGCAACAUCGAUCCAACGGUAUUGGCGUGCGGCGACACUGCCAGCGUGAAGGCAGCCAUUGAUCGUUGUGUUUGCGCUGCGUCGGGUGGUGCGCAUAUCCUCAAUGUGGGCCGUGGUAUUCAGCCGGAUACCCCCGAGGAAAUGGUCGCGCUCUUCUGUGAGCACGUUCGAGCUCUUCCAGAGACAGACUGGUAUCAGCAGUUGCGACAUCGGCACCUGGUUGAAAAUGGAGUGCCAGGAUAG